ACCCGCCUCGGCCUCCCAGAGUGCUGGGAUUACAGGCGUGAGCCACCGCGCCCGGCCAAUAGCGUAAUUGCCUUCUUCAAGCCCUGGCAGAACAAUGUAGAAGAGCGAGUACUAGUAACAGUGGUUUGGUUUGGGGGGAGUCCAGGGAGGAGGAGGGGGUGCAAAAGAAGGGAGAGGAGGGUAUAUUUCCUUCCUCUUUCCUUGUACUUGGAGGCUCAGAGCUAAGUGUUGAAAUAGGCAAAGCUGUUGUCACCUUCCCUUUUUGUGCCCCUCCUCAUCCGGAGGUGUCCACUGCCCCCCCACUCACCCAGGGCCCCUCAGGUGACUCAGCCAGGCCUGACUUCAUCCCCAGGCAUGUGGGCUCUUCCCCACUAUUCCCAGCCCCGACCCAUUCAUUACCCUGGUGAUGCUGUCCCAGGUGGAUGCUGAGAAGAAAGCAGGCUCUUUGACCUAAUGUGUUAAUUGACUGACAUCCUCUAAUCAUCAGAUAAGUACUGUUUGCUUUCAUCUACCGUGAUCUCUCUAAACAAGUGAAGCUUGUUAAGUGCUUUCUCAGGCCAUUAGCAGUGAAGACCAGUGGUGUUUAGUUGACUUUUUUAUGGGAGGAGUAGGUAAUGCAACUUUCUCCUUAAUUCCACAGUCUUCAAAAGUAUUUAAAUGUUGCUGUUGUUGUAUCUUCAGCUCUUGAUAGGAGCUGGUGAGGGUUUCGUUUGCUUGGACAAUAUAUCAGGAAUUGUUUAGUUGGUGAGAUGAAGGUGAUUUAGGGAGAGAACACAUCAGUCGUACGGUAUCUACCUGAACGAGGCCCAGCUGGCCGGUCCGUACGGUGUGGGAGGAGGUUGGCGGCACUGGUGGGGUAGUGUGGAGUCAGUGCGGGGAGAGCCGUUCCUACCUAGCGCUGGAAGCACCCAGCAAUGGAUUGAUAUUUCAAAAAGGGUGGCAGGCAGGCCUCAUGUAAGUGGCAAUUUUUGCGGAUUGUUUGUGGCUUCUUUGAGUGCUGUAAGCUUCGCGGGCCAUGUUUCAAAUCCGUGGAAAGAACGCUAUCAUUGGGGGUUGACGCCUGCUGUGUGCUCGAGAGAAGUGAACCAGGUACGAGCUAGCCUGGGCGGCGGUUGGCAGAGUUGUCUGGUGUGCAUUUGGGCUCCUUAGCUGGAAUAAUUAACCCCCAGAUUUGCUAUUCAUUGUAGAUUUGGAAUUAUUUUUUUGCGUGUUGGUGGGUGGUAAUAAUCGUAAUGGUAUAUCCUUGAUUUUCCCAGUUUGUUUCAUAGUUUGUUUUUAAUAAAUGUGAUCAGUUAAAAAUAUAAUUAAAUGCAUCUUUAAAGGUUUUGUAAGAUGAUAUGCAAAUUUACACAUUAGAAAAUGUGUCCUUUAUAAGAUUAUGCUUGCUUUUUUGAUUAGCAAAAAAUACGAUCACUGUAGGUGAGUAGCAUUUUGCUCUGUGCAAACUUAAAUAAGUGCUGCCUAUGGAUGUUGUCAUAAUCCUUAGUGUCACAUAUGUGUGUAGAGUGGCUAAAGUGAUUCCAAACGAGAUACAGUGUAGCAGAACAGUUUCAGUUCUGUCCUGGUUCUGCCAUUUCAUGCCAUCUAUUUUUAUGCCCUUGAACAAAAUAGUUAACUUUAAGUUUUAGUUUUUUCAUCUUUCAAAUAAGCUCUCCUCCAGAGGCCUUUCUGGCCCUAAAAUCUUGACUGGUUAAUUCAGACUAAUUGUAGAAAAUGCCGAGUAGGAAAUUUGCUGAUGGUGAAGUGGUGAGAGGUCGAUGGCCUGGGAGCUCACUGUAUUAUGAAGUAGAAAUUCUGAGCCAUGACAGUGGCUCCCAGCUUUACACUGUAAAAUACAAAGAUGGAACCGAACUUGAAUUGAAGGAGAAUGACAUCAAGCCUUUAACUUCCUUUAGGCAAAGGAAAAGUGGCUCAACUUCCAGUUCUCCUUCCAGACGCCGAGGGAGCCGGUCACGCUCCCGCUCCCGCUCCCGGUCCCCUGGUCGGCCACCGAGGGGCUCCCGUCGUUCUGCGUCCGCGUCCCACCAGGCCGACAUUAAGGAAGCAAGGAAGGAAGUGCUGGCAGUUAAACUGACUCCGCUUAUAUUGAAGCCAUUUGGAAACAGCAUCAGCAUAUACAACGGGGAGCCCGAGCGUGUCCAGCCGAAUGACAUGCCUCCCAGACACACGCAGGAACAAUUCCACUUGUCACAAGAAAGUAGUCACGUAUCUACACAGCACAGCCUUCGUCCAAGACGAGAAGAGAUCAAACUAAAAGAACUAGACUCUAAGGCAGAAAAACUUGUGACAAAAGGACCUGCAUCGUUGCGAACCUCUGAAGUGACCCCCCCACCGACGGAGGACCUGGAGUUCGGAGGCGUGCCUGGUGUGUUUCUCAUCAUGCUCGGCCUGCCCGUCUUCCUCUUCCUGCUGCUGCUGAUGUGCAGACAGCAAGACCCCAGUCUUCUGAACUUCCCUCCUCACCUGCCGGCUUUGUAUGAUUUAUGGGAAACCAGAGUUUUUGGGGUCUACCUCCUCUGGUUUUUUAUUCAAGCUCUGUUCUACCUGCUGCCGCUUGGGAAGGUUGUAGAAGGAAUGCCUCUUAUUGAUGGAAGAAGACUCAAGUAUAGAUUAAAUGGGUUCUAUGCCUUUAUCCUGACGUUGGCAGUCGUGGGAACAGCUCUCUUCUGGGGCGUAGAACUGUCCUACGUGUACAGUCACUUUCUGCAGUUUGCGCUUGCAGCCACUGUCUUUGCUGUGGUCUUGAGUGGUUACCUCUACGCACGUUCUUCGAAAGCUCCCAGGAGUGAGCUGUCGCCCGCCAGCUCUGGAAAUGCUGUGUAUGAUUUCUUCAUUGGCCGUGAAUUAAAUCCUCGAAUUGGUACUUUUGAUCUCAAAUACUUUUGUGAAUUGCGCCCUGGAUUGAUUGGAUGGGUGGUCGUCAACCUGGUGAUGCUUCUGGCCGAAAUGAAAGUACAGGGACGCGCGGCCCCGUCCUUGGCCAUGAUUCUGGUUAACAGCUUCCAGCUCCUGUACGUGGUGGACGCGCUCUGGAACGAGGAAGCGUUGUUGACGACCAUGGACAUCAUCCACGAUGGCUUUGGGUUCAUGCUGGCGUUUGGAGAUUUAGUGUGGGUUCCGUUUAUCUACAGCAUCCAAGCCUUCUACUUAGUCAAUCACCCAAAUGAAGUGUCUUGGCCGGUGGCUUCACUAAUCAUCGCUCUGAAACUUUGUGGAUAUGUCAUCUUCCGAUGUGCAAAUUCUCAGAAGAACGCAUUCCGGAAAAAUCCCAGUGAUCCAAAGCUCGCACAUUUAAAAAUCAUUCCUACUUCAACGGGAAAAAGUCUUCUAGUUUCUGGAUGGUGGGGCUUUGUUCGCCACCCCAAUUACUUGGGAGAUCUCAUCAUGGCUCUGGCGUGGUCCCUCCCGUGUGGUUUCAAUCACAUCCUGCCUUAUUUCUAUGUGAUUUAUUUCACCCUGCUGCUUGUGCACCGAGAGGCCCGAGACGAGCGCCGCUGCCGGCAGAAGUACGGCCGGGCCUGGGAGCAGUACUGCCGGCAGGUGCCCUGCCGCCUCCUUCCCUGCGUUUACUGACUCUGCCCGGCGUAGUGUUACAAUACUCCUAGUGUUCUGGCUGCCCUUUGCAAAAACAAGAAAAAAAUCCAAAACUAAAUUUCUUUUGUGCACUGACAGGAUCUGUACAUUUUUUUUUCUUUUUGAGUCAGGACUAGAGAGCCAAGGAGUAGAUUUUUUAAUAGAGCCCUGUUUAUUUUUAUUAAAUUAUAAUUAACAUAAGGAAAAAUACAAAUAAGGAUGUUAGAUUUUUCAUUUUAAGAGGAAAUUUUCAGUCCUUAAAAAUCUGAAAACAAAACCAGUGUUUAAAGAAUACUAUGGAUGUAUAUGGCUUUUGAUGACUUUGCAAAUUUUGAUUUUUUUUUUCUCUUUUGCCAGUUGUUUUCUUGAGUGAAAACACUGGUAUAUUUAAAAUGCAUUUGUGUUUUAUUGCAGUAAGAGAAUCUUCAUUUGCUUCUCUUUAAAUCAUUUACUAGUUACAUAAUUUUGAAAGUAAAAACUAGGUCUAUAUUAAAUGCUAUAUGUGAAGAGUGAUGAAAGAUUAUUAGCAGACACUGUUUAAGGGAGACCAUUAGCAGCAGUUGGCUUAACUUCACCUUCUUAAACUACAUUUGAAAAUGUAAAUACAUAAGUUUACUUCUAUGUAAUAUAUGAUGACUUCAGAUUUUUCUGUACAGUAUUUUGAAUGUGAGAUGAUUGUCAGGACUGUCUUUUUAACAAAACCAUUUCCAGUAUUUUAAAUUAAGUUUUGUAAAGUAAUACAUGUGAAUUAAAAAUUUUGAAACAAUUAGAAUUCCUUUAAUAUUGUAUAGACUAUGCUGUUAAAACAUAGGAAGGAUAUUUCUCUUAAUCCAAAGUUUGUGAAUUUGGCUUUGCUACCUCAGUUGCAGGUGUUUUUUUGCCUUUAUAAACUAUUG